UGCAAGUCAUGAAAUACUUGGUCCCUUAUUUGAACAUUAUUUAGCUGACCUUUUUUGUAUAGAAGUAACUUAUCAGCUGCCUAUGGAGACCACUGAAGAUUUAGACAUUAUGCAAAUUGAAGAAUCAAAUGACAUGCAAAUAAUUGAAAAUGCCUUAAAUGGAAAUCAAAUAAUUGAAAAUGCCUUAAACGGAAAUCAACCAAUUUCUCAAAAUGAUCAAAUUUGGUCGGCUAAAAGAAAACUUGAGACUAAAGAAAUUAAAGAGAUCAAAGAAUUGUGGAAACAAAAAUUAGAAGGCAUGCAUUAUAAUUCGAUUUAUGACGAAAGUGGAUUAACUAGUCCUUUUAGAAAUUGCCUUCGCAUAUUUGUCGAGGAAAAGUUACCAUACGCGGAAGAAAAAUUAAAGAAGAUUAAUAAUAGUCUCUCUAAACGAAGGAAAUAUUAA